AUGAUGGUCGGUUGUAGAAAUUGGGACGAUUGGAGAUGAAUCUUCGUACCCAACACCUCCGGGAGAGCAUGCUCACCGCCGCCGCGCUCCGCUGCACGAUCUGCUCUGCGCUACUCACCCCUCACACCUUUAAUCCGAUCAAGCCCUUGUCUUCUUCUUCUUCAUCUUCGUACAUUCAUCACUAUCCCCAAAUCCCUAACCAGUGGUCGGGUCUGCACCACUGGAGGCACGGUCCUCCGAACCACGACCGUUUUUGGGGGCCCGUUGGGCCUGAGGUGGAGCCACCUGUUCCGGGGAGCCCCGGCGUCGAAAGCUCUGAGCAAUGUCCGGUGGGCUCUGGAUCUUCUCUUGCAGAAAUUGGCUCUCUGGUUCUCUCUACUGCUCACCCUCUGAGCAAAUCAAAGCUUUCCCACUUGGGUUAUUGCAGGUGGCGUGAGGAGGGAUUGCCCAUUGGAGCCUGUCAACCGCCGGAUAAGCCUGCCAGACCUCCAUUACCCAUUCUAGUUUCACCAAAAGAAAUCCCAUCUCACAAACAAUUGGGGUUACCCCUUAAUGCCUAUAUGCUUCAUAAUCUUGCUCAUGUGGAAUUAAAUGCCAUUGAUCUGGCAUGGGACACUGUUGUUCGAUUUUCACCAUAUAUUGAGCUCCUUGGUGAGGGAUUCUUUGCUGAUUUUGCUCAUGUGGCUGAUGACGAGAGCCGCCAUUACGCUUGGUGUUCUCAGAGAUUGGCUGAGCUAGGGUUCAAAUAUGGUGACAUCCCUGCUCACAAUCUGCUUUGGAGAGAAUGUGACAAGACAUCUUGUGACGUUGCUGCACGCCUGGCCGCUAUCCCACUAGUCCAGGAGGCUAGAGGUCUAGAUGCUGGUCCCCGACUCGUGCAAAAAUUAAUUGGCUUUGGAGAUCACAGGACUGCUGACAUUGUGGCUAGAAUUGCAGCUGAAGAAGUAGCACAUGUCGCAGUUGGUGUUUACUGGUUUUCUUCUGUUUGUCAGAAGAUGAAUCGCCCACCUUGCAACACUUUUAAAGAUUUGUUGAAGGAGUAUGAUGUGGAGCUGAAGGGACCUUUCAACUAUACGGCCAGAGAUGAAGCUGGGAUCCCAAGGGAAUGGUACGAUUCUUUGUCCUCAAAGAAAGAAGAAGAUCAAACUCCCCUUUCUCAGGUGUAUGAUAGACUGGCUUGCAUAGUUUCUAUGGAAAAGGAGAACUCUAACAUGUAGAGUGGAUUCCAACCAAUCUCCAUGAAGAAAGCAACUUGUACAUUUCUUUGAGGCCAUGAUUUGAACUCCAAAAUGGUUAGUGUGCUGACAUUUGACUCUAAUAGAUUAUACAUUUUUGUAAUUUUGUCAGAACCAUUAACGCUGGUUUUUAAAAAUGUUUGUGUUGGAGAGAGAUAAUUUAACACCUCAUCUAAAAAAAGUCAUGUUCGAUCCAUGUGCAACUUUUAUCAUAAACUAUAUAUGAAUUU